UCUAUUAUGGUAGGUAUAGGUCCAUUUGAGCACGGUAUCAUUUAGUUUGACAUUUCGAGAAAAAUGGCUGGUGCGCUGGCUAGAGUUAUUCAGGGGACAAAAACACAUUUGGGCAUUGUUGGGCCUUUGGCUAACAUCAGCAAUGUGCCGGUGCGGUCCCAGCAAACACAGGCACCGCCGGCCAAGUCUAAAUAUGGGCCCCUGGCCGACAGCGACAGGGUAUUUACCAACUUGUAUGGCAGACACGAAUGGCGUCUCAAAGGUGCGCUCAGUCGCGGAGACUGGUAUUUGACCAAGGAAAUACUGCUGAAAGGAACCGACUGGAUCGUCAAUGAAAUGAAGACGUCAGGUCUUCGUGGCCGCGGAGGCGCUGGUUUCCCGACCGGUAUGAAGUGGUCGUUCAUGAACAAGCCCUCAGACGGCCGUCCUAAGUACUUAGUCGUAAAUGCUGACGAAGGAGAGCCUGGUACUUGCAAGGACCGUGAGAUUAUGCGUCACGACCCACACAAGCUUAUUGAGGGUUGUCUGAUUGCCGGCAAGGCUAUGGGCGCUCAAGCUGCGUAUAUUUAUAUCAGAGGAGAGUUUUACAAUGAGGCCAGUAACUUGCAGGUGGCUAUUGCAGAGGCGUACCAAGCAGGCCUGAUCGGCAAGAACGCUUGCGGUUCGGGCUACGAUUUCGACGUGUUCGUCCACCGCGGCGCCGGCGCAUACAUCUGCGGUGAAGAGACCGCGCUCAUCGAGUCCAUUGAGGGCAAGCAGGGCAAGCCUAGACUGAAGCCUCCGUUCCCCGCUGACGUAGGCCUGUUCGGCUGUCCCACUACUGUGAACAACGUGGAGACCAUUGCUGUGGCACCGACGAUCUGCCGCCGCGGUGGCAAGUGGUUCGCCUCUUUCGGUCGCGCCAGAAACUCGGGCACCAAACUAUUCAACAUCUCGGGUCACGUGAACACUCCGUGCACAGUGGAGGAGGAGAUGAGCAUCCCUCUGAAGGAACUGAUCGAGAGGCACGCGGGCGGCGUCUGCGGCGGCUGGGACAACCUGCUGGCCAUCAUACCCGGAGGCUCGUCCACGCCUUUGAUCCCUAAGGACGUCUGCGAGACAGCGAUCAUGGACUUCGACGGGCUGGUAGCCGCUCAGACCUCGCUCGGGACAGCCGCUAUCAUCGUGAUGGACAAAUCCACGGACAUAGUGAAGGCCAUCGCGCGCCUCAUCAUGUUCUACAAGCACGAGUCGUGCGGGCAGUGCACGCCGUGCCGCGAAGGAGUGUCCUGGAUGAACAAGAUCAUGUACAGAUUCGUUGAUGGCAACGCUUCACCGAAGGAAAUCGACAUGCUUUGGGAAAUCUCUAAACAAAUUGAAGGCCACACAAUCUGCGCGCUCGGCGACGGCGCCGCGUGGCCCGUGCAAGGCCUCAUCCGGCACUUCAGGCCCGAACUGGAACGCCGCAUGCAAGCCUGGGCCUGCACACAUGGGCCCAGCAAGGCCGAACGCCUCUACUGAGCUGACCAUAACCAUACCACGCUUGCAAUUUCGGGUUUAGGAGAAUUAACUCUUAAAAAAAGUCAUUAGUUUUCAACUGUAUCUUCACAGUAUAAGGUUCAAAUUGAUGUGGGCUCUAACCAAGGCCUGGUUAAGAGUUAUUUCUUUAUGCCUUAACCAGGCCUAGGAAUUUAUUCAUUGUUUUUUAACCGUAUUUUGACGGCAUAAAGUUCAAAUUGAUGUGGGGUCUUCAGACCUAGGAAAAAUAAAGUUGGUUUUCCACGGAAUCUUCUAAGCAUAAAGUCAAACUGUUGUAGGGUCUAUUCAGUCCUAACCUGAGGGGAUUGAAGAAUCAAAUGCGUUUUGAAAUAUUUUUAUAGAAACCUUCAUUGGGCAUGUGGCGUAUUCUUGGACUAUAAGUCCCUGACUCGCGCCCGUAUUUUCAAACAUUACUAUGAGGUUUCACAGUGCGUGUGGACGCACAGGGUCACACAUGAACCAAUCAUAGAGCUCUAUUCAACGCUGUGCGUUCGAUUUGCUGCUUCACUUAUGCAAGACAGACAGUUGGCUAACAUUUCUGUUUAGAAUCGCUGCUGGAUUAUUAUACUGGUGACUUUAUCUUUUCUAAUAGAAUGUCAGGGACUAUGUAAAAACUGAAUUCAAUCCGUAAUUUAUCAUGCUAACAAAAAAGAUCACUGUCGAUGAAUCGACGAAAUUAAUAAAAACUACUGUUCCAAUUACUAAUGUGAGAAAUCUUAGUACAAAACGCAUAUGAUUUCAUACGCACUUAGAACUCCUAAACUCAUUAUUGCAAGAUUUUUGAUAGCGUGUUAUGCAUUAUUAUAGUAAUUUAAUCAAAUACCAUCUUAUUGUCGUUGGGAAGAAGUCACUGUGCUGUGAUGUAACGCUUAAUACUAUUGAAAUAGACUCGAUAAGUAUUUAAUAUUGUUUUUAUUUUAACACCUUUAACUUAUUGGAUGCUAAACACAACAAGUAGAUUUUCCGACGUAAUAAUUUAGUUUUUGGAAUGUUUUUCCCUUAAAAUUAUAAUGUCAUUGUUAUGUUCUAAAUUAAAUCAUUGUUUAUUUAGUUACUACGCAGUUUUAAUAUGUUACCGAUACUAGACCACUUCCUUGAUUUGAAAAACCGCUACGUAAUAUAAAAUAUUGCGCAAUAUAUUGUAACAAUGCGAAGGAAUAUUCGAGAUGAUUUCUAAGUUAUAUUUAAUUUCAUACUCUUAACCUGGAAUUUUAAGUCCCUGUAGUCUUGCAUCACUCACUUGUUAUCGUGUUAAACAGCAUAUUUUUAAAUUCAUCAUGCUUGAACAUCAUUAAAUUAA